AUGGAAGUCAAUGGUGAACCAGAUAUAGCUGGUAUUUUAAGCGCGGCUUUAAUGCCAUUGAAAGAUAUGAAAGAUGCAGAUAUUUUGGACCAGUAUGAAAUGAACAUGGCUGAUGGAAAUAUAACACCUGACGUUCUAGAACAUUUAUCUCAAAGAACUACACAGAACCAUAGAGAUGGUAUAUUUGGUGAAGAGUUUAGAAAGAAAGUUAUGGACAGAGAAGGAAGAGAACCUAUUGUACAUGACCUUGCAAACGAAAGUUUACAAAAUGUCAUAAAAACUUACUUUGCAGACAAUGAACCGAGAAGGGAUGAAUAUUUAAGAAAACUCAAAUGGACAGUACCAAAUGAAAUGUUAGUAUUGAAAAACAUGUUCCUUGACAAAAUAAAACCAACUACAGAAAUAAACGACGCAAGACUGAAACAUUGGGUAAAAGCUUUUCCAUUCACAAAAGAUAUAGUUGGUAACAUGGAAAGAAAACCAGAAUGGCUACAAAAACAUAUAUUUGGAAACGAGCAUAUUCCAUAUGGACAGGCACUGUUUGAAGAGCUUGAACCGGAAACUCAGGAAAGAGUCAUGCAAACAAUACGCGAAGACUCAAAUACAGACUAUGACAAACUCUUUCUAGGAUAUAGGUUACCUGAGAUGGGCGACCAGAGCCCAAAGGCAAAAAGGGCAUGGAAAAUUUGCAACAUACUAGAUGAACAUGAGGCAAAGAUGCAACAACUUGAAGCAGAGGGCAAGUUACCAAAGCGACACCAAAGAAGAAGAGUAGAACAAAGUGAAAGUAGUGAAGAAGUAACUUCAUCUAGUGAAAGUAGUGGCAAUGAAGGAAAAAGAAGAGUUAAAAACUCAGUCAGGAAGAAAGUAAAGCUUGGUCCACGUGGGUUCUAUUAUGACACAUAA